AUGGCACUUCUACCCACUUCCGGCAUUUACUUCUUUCCCGAAGACGAUGUACCCCCACCCGGCGACCCAAUUUACGACCGACAACGAGGUCAACCUCCGUUUGUGGGUGGUGUCGGUGUGAACCAGUUCACUGCGAUACCCGGCGGCUAUAGCCACCAACGGGCUACACGCGCGGGCCCCAGUUAUCCACUACCUGUACCACCGACGCAACAGCAGGUCUUCCUUCCGCUGGUGCAAGUCUCGUACCAAUGCCAAAUCCUCACGACAGCCGCCCGGACAACGCUCACACAGAUAUUCUACCACCCAGGGAACCGACCCAUUUCAAAAGCAACAUACACAUUCCCAAUUUACGCUAACUGCUCUGUCGUCUCUUUUGUUUGCAGAGUGGGUAAAAGUAAGGUUAUCAGCGGUGUCGUCAAGCCGAAGGAAGUUGCGAAACGCGUAUACGAGAGCGCGACUAGAAGUGGGCAAAUUGCGGGGCUGCUGGAGUACAACACCCCGGAUGUUUUCACCACUAGUAUUGGGGGUAUACCCGCUGGCGUGGAGAUUAAGGUCGAGAUUGGGUACAUUUUGGAACUACCACACGAUGCGGAGGCCGACGGAAUCAAGUUCACGGUUCCGCUUUCGAUUGCACCGAGGUACGGACCAGCGCCGCCGGGCGCAUUUGGGCAGAACGGCCCGGAGGUUUCAAUGGAUAAGAGUCUUCGAAUGGAGAUUGAGGUUACGAUGGGUGAAGCGAUAAAGUCUGUUGAAAGCCCUUCCCAUCCAACAGCUGUCCAGCUUGGACAACAUGGAAAAGGGGGAGGGAGAGCUAGUAAUCAAGAGCACGAUCCCAAGAAGGCCUUAGUCACACUAUCUCAAACACCUGCUGAGCUUUUGAAAGAUUUCGUGCUUUUGAUCACUACUGUGACUCCGCACUUCAUAUCUACCCCCCAGGCCCUACUAGAAACCCAUCCAACUAUCCCCGGUCAUCAAGCUUUAAAAGUAACGCUUGCACCGCGCUUCGAGAUGCCAGGGACGGAAACACCGGAAAAUACUGAAAUAGUCUUCCUAGUUGAUCGAUCCGGUUCUAUGAGAGACACCAUAGAGCACGUAAAAUCAGCCCUCCGUGUAUUCCUCAAGUCUCUCCCGUUAGGCUGCUUUUUCAACAUUAUAUCCUUCGGCAGUAAUAACACCUUGCUCUGGGAGCGCUCCAAAGCCUACACCGAAGAAACCUUGAAUACCGCAUCCGAGCACAUCGAGACGUUUGACGCGAGUUAUGGUGGGACAGAACUAUUACCUCCCUUGAUGCAAGCAUUUUCCCGCAGACACUCGGAACCGGGAAUGAGUACCGAAAUCAUGGUUCUCACAGACGGAGCGAUCUGGAGGUUGCCAGAGCUACUGGAGUAUAUCCAAAAAAUGCGUAAGCAAAGCGGUGGGGCGAUUCGGCUCUUCAGCCUGGGCGUGGGAGAAAGGGUGUCGCAUGCACUCGUUGAGGGAAUCGCAACUGCUGGGGGAGGAUAUUCCCAGAUUGUGACCAGUGGUGGAGCCAGCGGUGACGCAUUGGCAAAUGGUCUAGAGGCGAAGGUGGUGAGGAUGCUUAAUAGCGCCCUGACCGAUCAUAUUGAGGAGUAUAAGUUGCAUGUUUUGCAAGAGGAAGGGGACGAAGAGGAUUCGGAGAGCGAGGGUGAAGAAGAGGGAGCUGAGCCAAGAGCACAGAUAACCCCCGCCCAUCCGGCUCCAGUACGAGUCAGAGCCCCGGCAAGACGGUCGGGGAGGAUUAACCUGUUUGACCCUACUGUAGCGCCCCGCCGGCGUUCUCCUCCGCAACCUCGCUCAUCGGAUGUGGGCCCGGCCCCAUCUUUGGCCAACAUCCAGGAUAGCGGAAACCGAUUCGCCCACUUGAAGAAGUUACAAGGCCCGGAGGUAACCCAAGCACCUUUCAAAAUCCCACCACUUUUCCCAUAUGAGAGGUCCGUAGUGUACCUCCUCGUCCCCCCUACCACUAAACAAUUGAAGUACGCAAAGUCCGUGACUUUGAGUGCGACCACAAUUGCCGGCGAUGAGCUCUCACUUUCAAUUCCAAUCACUCACAUCAAGCAGCCGGGAGAGACUGUGCACCAACUCGCCGCUAGGAUGUUAUUACGUGAUUUGGAAGAGGGUAGAAGCUGGCUUCAUUCUGAUAAAUGCGGUGUUCCAGGAGGAGAUCGGGCGCGAGUUCAGGAGUACGUCCAGAGAGAAGGUGAAGAGGUUGGCAUGAGGUGGUCACUGGCGAGUAAAUGGACCAGCUUUAUAGGCGUGGAAGAGGAGAUUAUGGACGUGGCCCCGAUCCGGACCCCCGCGCCACCCGAGGGAGAUCUAUCAGCAUU